AUGGACAAUAUAAAGAAUCAACCUUUUAUUGUUUUUGUUUUUAGUGGUCAAGGUGCACAAUGGAAUAAAAUGGUUUUGGAAGUAUAUGAAUGCGAAAAAGUAUUUAGAGAUUCAAUGGAUGAAAUAGAUAAUAUAAUGAAAGAGAAAUAUUAUGGUUAUAGUGUACUCGAUAAAUUGAAAACAUUAAACGAUGAGUUAGAUCCAGAGAUUAAUAGUAACCAAGAAAUAACCCAAACUGCUUUAUUAAUGGUACAGGUAUCUCUCUAUAAACUUUAUAAGCACCUAGGCUUACUACCAAAUAUGAUAGUAGGUCAUUCUUUUGGUGAAGUAGUGGGCUCUUAUGCAUCAGGAAUGAUACCAGACUUGGAAACUUUAUGUUAUAUCAUUUAUAAUAGGGGUAAAUUACAACAAACUACAUUUGGAUGUGGUAGAACUAUGAUGUGGAUUGAUUUAGGUGAACAUGAAUAUAUGAAUCAAUUCUCUAAACAAUUUCCAACUAUAGAAAUUGCAUGUCUAUUAAGUCCAACCAAUAUAGUUAUUGGAGGUGAAACAGCAGAUAUCGAAAAAAUCAACUCUGUUCUAAAAUCCAAAUCAAUCUAUACAAAGGUACUUUCAAUUCCAACAGCUUUUCAUAAUUCAUGUCAAGAUGUAUUAAAAGACGAUAUUUUAAAAUUAAAAUUCAAAAGUAACCCACCUUUAAUUCCACACUCUUCAACAGUUUAUGGUAAAUUAUUCAAUGAAGAAUUGUACUUUAAUAAUCAAUAUAUGUUUGAUAAUUUAAGAGAUCAAGCAAGAUUUGCCCAUGGUAUCUCAGCAAUAUACAAACAUGUGGAAGAAAAUAAACUUGGUGAUAAUAUUGUAUUUGUAGAGAUUGGACCAAGACCAUCAAUUUUGAAUUAUGUAAAGAAAUUAAUACCAAAAGAAUCAAGUUACUUUUCAUCAGUUUCUUUACUAUGUUCCAUUCAAAGAGAUAAAGGAACUCAAGCAAUAAAUGAAAUGUUAAACAGUGUUAAAUUAAAAGGUUAUAAUAACCUUAUAUAA